CUUGCUUUUAUACACGUGAGUUUGAGUCUACGCGGGCGUGCGUGCAAGUGUGGUGCGCACAACCGAACGAAAAAGGUGGAAAAGGGAAUGAAUGCAAACAGGAAUGGGGAGGGGCGGGGCGGGGCGGCUGGCGCACCGACAUAAUUACAGACAGACAGACAUGGACAAACGGACAGACGGCCAGCGGACAGACAGACAGACACACUGAAGAGACACGUGUAGACAGACAGCCACUACAGACACUUACGGACACCCAGCUAGUAGUUGAAGACCCAUGUCAUAACGGACCCUCUAUACACAAAUGAGCCCACCAGAAGCCAACCCAACCAAUGGUCUUCACUCACUAAAGCCGCUCUGUGCCGUGUCGGGCACGCCUGCAGCCACGAUGGCCAUCUCCCCACUCAUUCAUUCAAAACACCUUCGGCCCGCCAGCCAAGCCAAGCCAAGCCAGCCAUGGCGGCCGUCACGUACACACGCACGGAUGCAUGCAUUGACGCUAUGCCGUGCUGGCCUAUACAGGAGCUACACACAGGCACCAAGUCAUGCAUCGCGCGAGCACGUCACAGCCGCCACAAUGGAUGGCACCAACCAACCGUGUCAACGUCUCCCUCCCCCUACCCCCUGGCCUACAGUAUAAACACUCACCCGAUCAUCACUGUGGAGCCAAAACGGCCCUGCUACAUCUAUCCUCUGUUGCCGUAUGCAUGCACCCGGCUAGAGCCUGGUUGAGUAGAUGAUGGUGCCGACCAGCAGGCAGGUGAGGACGAACACCGACACCACGACCGCCACCACCACCUCGAAAGCCAUGGCGUCCGUCUCGAGCUCGUUCGUCAAAUUCAUACCAAACGCACCCUGCACCACACACAAGCCACCACAUUUCUUUCCGCUCUCUCUCUCUCUCUCUCUCUCCCUCCCCCUCUGUCUGAAUGCGUGUGUGUCUCGCUCGUUCGUUUACCGUGAUGACGGCCCCCAUGGCGAGUCCGCCCGAGAUGACUGUGGCGCUGGUGUCGACGAGCAUGAGCCUGUUGCGGACAAUGUCCAAUCGGAUGGUGAUGAGGUACUCGAUGUUGACGAGCUUCUCCUUCAUCAUCCGCGUCCGCUCUACCAACUCGUCGACCUCCUGGUCGAAAUACUCGAGCAAGAUGUCCAGGUCGCUGUUGGGAAUCAGCCCCAGGCCGCUGACGGUGUGUUGCGCCGUGGACGACACGGCGGGGGGAGCGUAGGGGGGAUACCCCGUCAUGAAGGAGGACGCUCGCGCGGCCGCCACCCGAUGCUGCUGCUGGGGCUGGCUGUCGACCGAGCCCGAUCGCCUGUGUCGCUGCCUCAGGAGUGAGCGUCCGGUGCGCAUGGGGGGCGAGGGGGUGGGCGACCUGCUGUUGGGGUCCUCCUGGGUGUCGCUGUGCACCCGCAGGUGGUUGCUGGAUGAGGCCAUCGAUGCGGGUGUGUCUUCCCUGACGUUGUUCAUGGGGUUGAGUAGAGUGAGGGAGCCCCAGUUCUGGUGGUCGAGGUGGUCGUAGUACUCGGGGUGCUCGUACAGCCGCGACAGCUCCAUCUUGAGCAGGUCAGUCGGCUCCUCCAUCAACUCGGCUAUCGAACGGUGAAAACCCUGGAUACACGCACAACACACAGCGAGGUACAUAUUGGGGUGGGGUGGGGUGACGGGCGUCUGUCUUAUGUGUCCCUGCUUGCCUGUAUCUUUGAUUCGAGUACAGCGGUGGGCGCCUUAAGCCUGUGGAGGGCUUCGAGGUCGCGUGUGGUGGGGUUCUGCCGCUCAAGCUUGAGCGACAGCGCCUCAAUGGCCUCCUCGACAGGCGUCAACUCCUCACCUGCGCACCGCACACACACAUUCAUGCACCAAUCGUCUCUCCCUGUCCUGUGUGCACGUCGCUGACGUACCCACGGCCUCGAUAGCAGUGGCGAGGACCACCUCGAGCGCCGAGAACUCGAACGGCACCCUCCUGGUCUUGCGGCCCUCGGACAGCUGUGUGAGCCGCUGGAUGAGCCCCUCGCUCUGUGUGAGUUCCUCUGCCAUGAGGAGCAGCACGGCGUCGUGCAGGAUGAUGGCGGUGACGGGGGGAAAGCAGAUGAGGAUGCAGUGCCGACGCACCUCCACGGACGGCAGCUGCUUCAGCUCAGCGAACACCUGACAUGGCACACACACACAGAGCAGGUCAGGGUUGCUGGAGGCAAUUCUUGUGCCUGUAUGUAUGUAUGUAUGUAUGUGUGUCAGUCACCUGUCUGACGUCGCGGUAUGUGAGGCAUCCGGAGAGCUCCUCGACCAGGCCGGCCUUGUUGUGUGAGAGGACGUGCCUGACCACCUCGGCGGCCUGCCACUCGCGGAUCCUGUGGCGGCCCGCUGUGAUCUCGAUGACCACGUGCUUGCGCACCUUGCGGCUCCUCUUGCCCAUCACCAUGUAGUGCGGCAGGUAGCUGCCACACAGACACACACACAGACACAUGUAGAAUGGUACGCACCUUUGUGUCCUCUGCACACUGCCGUUGGUUCACAUGCAGUGCACCUGACCUGAUGUUGUUCUGCGAAAAGGCCUUGGACGGCGAUAAGGCCUUGUCGCUUAUUUCGCUCGGCGAAGAGGCCCGGCUCCUCCCUGCUAUCCCCAUGAGGCCGUUUGUCAUCUUCCGCUCGGACCUCUUGGCCGCCGCGCCCUCCCUCUCGCCGCUGCCGCCAUUGAGCUCUGGCGGAUCUCUGUCUGCGGUGCCGGACUGCUGCUGCUGCUGGUGAGAUGUGCUGACUGUCACCUCCUCUGGAAGCAGGCCAUCUUCAGGCAGAUGGCUCUGCUUGUCGUUCUGGUGGGACAUGCUGAUACAUAUGCCGCUGCAAAAACGCUGAGCAGCGCCCUGGU